UCCGGGUUUUUUUCUGGUGGGGGAGGGGGCACGUCUCGGCGAGUCACGGUGAUGGCGGCCACCAUCCUGUGGUGAGGUAGCGGAUUCUCUGCGUCUCUCGGGGAGUCCCUCGCGCCUCCUGCGGGCCCAGUGGCUGGCGCGUGAGGGAAGCACCGCGGGUCGAGCCCACGGGGAAAGCCGCGGGGGCGAGCGGCGGCGCGGCCGGGGGAGACGCGGGGCCCGGGGUGAGUGCGACUCCGGGCGAAUGUGACAAGCCCCCCCCACCCCCACCGCCUUCCUCCCGAGAGCGCGAGGAUCGCGGCCACCCCGGGGCGGCCAGGCCCCGGCUUAGGCACCAUGCAGGUCACCCUGAAGACCCUUCAGCAGCAGACCUUCAAGAUCGACAUCGACCCGGAGGAGACGGUAAAGGCAUUGAAAGAGAAGAUUGAAUCUGAAAAGGGGAAAGAUGCCUUUCCAGUAGCAGGUCAGAAGUUAAUUUAUGCAGGCAAAAUCCUCAGUGAUGAUACUGCUCUCAAAGAAUAUAAAAUUGAUGAGAAAAACUUUGUGGUGGUUAUGGUGACAAAACCCAAAGCAGUGACAACAGCAGUGCCAGCUACAACCCAGCCAUCAAGUACUCCCAGCCCAACUACAGUCAGCUCCUCCCCAGCGGUGGCUGCAGCCCAGGCUCCAGCUCCCACCCCUGCUCUGGCUCCCACUUCCACUCCUGCCUCCACUACUCCAACCUCAACUACAGCAUCUUCUGAACCCGCACCUGCUGGUGCCACUCAGCCUGAGAAACCUGCAGAAAAGCCAGCCCAGACACCAGUGCUCACUAGCCCAGCACCAGCUGACAGUACACCAGGAGAUUCUUCCCGGUCAAAUCUUUUUGAAGAUGCUACAAGUGCCCUUGUGACAGGUCAGUCUUAUGAGAAUAUGGUAACGGAGAUCAUGUCAAUGGGCUAUGAACGAGAACAAGUAAUUGCAGCCCUGAGAGCCAGUUUCAACAACCCUGACAGAGCUGUGGAAUAUCUUCUAAUGGGAAUCCCUGGAGAUAGAGACAGUCAGGCUGUGGUUGAGCCUCCUCCUCAGGCUGUGAGUACCGGAACUCCUCAGUCUCCAGCAGUAGCUGCAGCUGCAGCAACCACGACAGCAACUACAACAACCACUUCUGGAGGCCACCCCCUUGAAUUUUUACGAAAUCAGCCUCAGUUUCAACAGAUGAGACAAAUUAUCCAGCAGAAUCCUUCCUUGCUUCCAGCUCUGCUCCAGCAGAUAGGUCGGGAGAACCCUCAGUUGCUGCAGCAAAUUAGCCAACACCAGGAGCAUUUUAUUCAGAUGCUGAAUGAACCAGUUCAGGAAGCAGGUGGUCAAGGUGGAGGAGGAGGUGGCGGAGGAGGCGGUGGAGGUGGAGGCGGUGGAGGAAUUGCAGAAGCUGGAAGUGGGCAUAUGAACUACAUUCAAGUAACACCUCAGGAGAAAGAAGCUAUAGAACGGUUAAAGGCAUUAGGAUUCCCUGAAGGACUUGUGAUUCAAGCAUACUUUGCUUGCGAGAAGAAUGAGAACCUGGCUGCCAACUUCCUUCUACAGCAGAACUUUGAUGAAGACUGAAGGGACUCUUUUGUACCUCACACUCACACCAGUGCAUUACACUAACCUUGUUCACUGGAUUGUCUGGGGUGACUUGGGCUCAUAUCCACAAUAUUUGGUAUACGGUAGUAGGUUGGUGGGGGUGGGGGUGGGGAGCUAGGAUAUAGGGCAGGGAUACAUACAGUGCAUGUCUGCUUCAGUUAGCAGAUGCUGCAGAUCCACACAGUGUAAAAUACUAUACAACCAAACAUCCGCCUUUACAGGUCGUUAUUCUUCUAAGCAGUAGGUAACUUUUCCUGGGUUUCAUUCUUUCUAGUGUACUAGAUCCAGAAAUUUAGUGUGAUGCCCUGCUUUCUCUUUUCUUUGACUUAACAUUGGUUUCUGAAAGAAUCUUUGCUACCUAGAACCUGCAGUCUGUUUUAUGGCAACACUGGAUAAUGGCUUUUUGAAAUCGAGGGAGAAAAAUUGGAGCAUCUGUAAACAGAAAUGCCAAAUUAUUGAUAGUCAUCGUUGCUGCUUCACAUUAGUAUGAAAUUGAUGCAGAAGAAAGCCCAUUCUUUGUGUUCAGUGCUGGGGAUGGGGUGGGGAGGGUAGAAAGGGCGCUUUUUCUUAAAACGAAAAUAAUUACUGCUAUUUUAAAAUUUCUUGAUUAUUGAAUGUGAGACCCUCUAACAUGAUUUGAGAAGCUGUACACAUAUAGGCAGAGUUAUUUUCCUGUUUACAUUCUUUGUUUGGGGAAAUUGGUAGGUGUCUAAUUACUGUUUACUUCAUUGUUGUAUUGCAGUAAAAGAUUUAAAACAACCAUUGCAUGUUUGCUUUUGAUGUAUCCCUUUGUGAAAUCAGCACUUCUGGGGCCAAUGAAGAAACUUGGCAGCAUUCACUCCUCUUCUCCCUCCCCUUUCCUCCGUAGAGAUGUGUUUGAUCAGCAAGUCAUGAGUCAAACUGCUGCCUUUAAAAAACACACACAAAAAGCUGAUUCAGUUCAAAAUUAAUGCAAAUCUUUCAAAACUGGGUUUCUGAUACUUGUGGAUGUUUUUCUUUAUUAGAUAAGAAUGUAUUACCAUUAAAUCCAUUAGUAUUACAUUGCUUUCAAAGAGAAGGUGGGUGGAACCAUAAUCCAGCAUCUUUUACUGCAUUUAAAGAUGGGAGCAAACUUUUGUAUGGUUGGGAGAUGUGGCUGGAAAGUACUUUGGAAAAUAUACAAUCAAGAUAUUUCGUCUCAUAUUAAAAGAAAAAUCUCAAUCACA